GCCAGGACCUUUUCUCUGUCUCCUGAUUCUGCGUCCCUGAUUGUAGAGAUGGCUGCCAAGCUCUGUGUGAACGUCCAUUCUCAGAGAUGGGAAUUAAUGACCUUCACUGUCCACUCAGAAGGCAGAGUGAAGAACAUCAAUGAACAUGUCCGGUCUAAGACCAAGGUUCCCGUGCAUGACCAGGUCCUCCUGCUGGGCUCAAAGACCCUAAAGCCCCAGAGAACGCUGUCAUCGUAUGGCAUCGACAAGGAGAUGACCAUUCACCUCACCCUGAAGGUGGUGAAGCCCAGUGAUGAGGAGCUGCCCUUGGAAUUGGUGGAGUCCGGUAAUGAGGGGCAGAGGCACCACCUCCAGGUGCGAAGGUCCAGCUCAGUGGCCCAGGUGAAAGAGAUGAUCGAGACAAAGACUGCCAUACCGCCUAAGAAGCAGGUUGUGACUUGCAAUGGAAAGAAACUGGAAGAUGGGAAGAUCAUGGCAGAUUAUGGCAUCAAAAAGGGCCAUUUACUCUUCCUGACGUACCCUUGCGUUGGGGGGUGACCACCCUGGGGAUGGAGUGAUAUCAGGAGCAAAAGGCCUUAUUUCCUUUUGCUCCUUACUAGCCACACCCUUUGAAAAUUUCCCAAAAUUAAUGAGAAAGAUGAAUAGCAAGAGAAGUCUUGGAGUGGACUGGCGAGGAAGAAUGUAGGAUAUUUCUAACUCAUUGCUUCUUUCAUUCUAACAUGAUUGAAUAAUUGGCAAAAUUUUGUAUAACAUAUUAUAUAUAGAUAUAAUAUAUUAGAAUUUGAAGGCCUGUUAGAGACAGCUUUCAAAACCAGCUUGCAGUUUAAUCCUUCCCUGGUUCCCUCUGACUCAUAGAAAAACUCCUAUUUCCUUUCCCAGCCAACAAGAUAGUAUGUUUUAGGUUGUGAUCAAUCUUCUUCUUCUUCUUCUCCUUUUUUUUUUUUUUUCUUUAAUUGGAGUAUAGUGCUUUACAAUGUUGUAUUAGUUUCUGCUGCACAGCAAAGUGAAUCAGCUACUCCCACUUUCUUCUAGUUACUGUGUUGGCAUCUAUGUUUAGCUCAGUGCUUCUUCUAUCAUAUCACUGAAUAAUCGUUGAGCCAAAUUGACUUUCUACUUACAGAGAAUAGUGAAAUGGUUUAUUACAAAGUGAAUUAUUUACUGUGA